AUGGCAGACCUUGGCAAGUAUGCUUGCGAUUCUUGCCGCGCGAAGAAGGUUACCUGCAAUCGCAUGCUCAGUGGCUGUCAACGAUGUAUAAACCAAGCUGCAACAUGUGUCUACUCUCGUUCUGGAGUCCUUCGGCGCAAACGCAAACGCAACGACCACGACGAUACAGCACCGGCACUAGAUGUGAAUGAAUCUGACGACACCAAGACCAACAAGGUGGAUCUUCAGCCACAGAUUGAAGCAGACAUUGACGAUACCCGGGAUCAACUCGCAGGCGAGCAUGAGCUGGAAAGCCGUGAGCCGCUUGGAGCACUCACAUCUCUCUCCGGUCUCUACUCGACGUUUUGGCCUGAGCUGGGAGAGUCCAAUCAGAUUUCCAGCAGUGUUACCCGACCCUCCAGGGGCUUCCAAUUGUUUGCGAAGGAGAAGACUGCUUUUUGGGUGCAAGACUUCUUGCACGCACUCAAGGAUGGAUUUCCAUUGUUGACAGCUGCUCCGCAGCACGUCAUAGAUCUGCUAUCAUCAAAUCGCGUGGACGAGAUCCGCGACACUGCUUGGCUAGUCAUGUUCUACGCAAUCACAUUCGGAAACAUGCGUGGAAAGUCAGGCCACACCGAGGCUGACAAGACUGCCAUACGAGCAAAUCUUUGGCUAGCAUUCAACGACAUACGCGUGUUGCUACACCCCAGCGACCCCGCCAUACAAGCACUAGUACUUCUUGCUUGCGACAUUCAGGAGUUCACUACGCCUUCGCUAUGCUGGAUGCUGGUGUCCAGCGCUUGCCGUAUGCUUCAGAGCCUCCGGGUCGAUUCCCGCCAUCUCGAGCCGGCAACCAGAGAGCGUCGUCAGAUCUUGUUCUGGCUGCUGAACUGCCUUGAUCAAUCCUUGGCUCUCAUCUUUGGAAGGUCUGCGACGUUUCAUAGAGCACUGAUCAAGACAAUACCGAUGCCUAGUCUGGCUCAGCUCAUGGCUGGAUCAUCAGCAUCAGAAACUCCCGCGUUCCUUUUUGGCGCACAUUUCAUGCGUCAGAUGUUUCUCGUGUCGGCCGUCACGGCUGAUGUGUGGUCGGCUCUAUACGAGCCCGAAACGUCCGUUCUGAGGUUACAGAAGGCGAAGCGAGAUGUUGAAGCGUGGUAUGAGCAAGCUGAUAAGAUACUAGGGGCUGCUGCUAUCGCUGAACAGCCACUGUUGAAUGAAGAAAUGACUAAAGCCGUGCAAGGCGGCCGAGAGUACAUGCGUUUCACCUACUACCACCUCAAGAUAUCAUUGAUACGAGGUCGCAAGUCCUGGAGCCACGAGUGCGUCGAAACUUCACAGAAAAUGCUCCACAUGCUGGGAGACUUCCGGCUCGACUUCGAGGAAGCCUACAACGGCAUCGGAUUCAUGUGGCAAUUGUCAUAUGUGCCAUUCACAUCGUUCUUCGUCUUGUUUGCGAAGAUCUUGUCGGACGCAAAGCUGAAUUCCGAGCGAUGCAAACAGCCGCUAGAGGCGAUGGAGUGCUUGCCUGUGUUCCUGAACAGCAUGGCAAGUGGGAUGCAGCAGGCCGGGAAGUUGGAGCCGAUCGCUACCACGUUUGUUCGACAUGCCAAAUCUGUCUUGAACAGGCGAGGCAAGACUGCGGGCAAACAUACCCAGCCAUUCUCUGCUACGGAGCUGAAGACGAAAGCGAGCUUGUCAACACCACAGUCACUUGCGACAGACGACUUCGACAUCACAGCUGAGCCACUGUUUCAGUUCCUUGGCGCACCAACGAUAUAUACUGCUGGCCAAGAACAAGAUCUUGAUUGGCAAGAUAGGCCUGUCACUGCGCAAGAUGGAGUGGAGGAUCGCGAUCUAUGGCAGACAAACAUGGACCAAGGUUUCGACUUCACAGACCCAGCCUUCGCAGAUCUGAUCGAUCCUGCAUUUGACUGGUUUGCCUGGGAGGAUAGCGUAUCUUCAUGA